UAGGGAUGUGAACCGUCCCUUCCUGUUUUACAGGCGAUCAGAGAGAAACAUUGACGCCGUAAUAGAGACGCGCAAGCUCCCAUUAUGUCUGGAACCGCUCGCUCCGUUGAAGACCAGGAUUUUUGUUUGCCUACGUGAAACCGGCAGCCAGCAAUGUCGCUUUAUAGCGCAUAAAUGGCACUUGACGAGUUAUAGUCUACAAAUAUAUUUUGUAUCGCGCUGCUGCAACCCUUGCUCCUUCUUCUGCCAAUGAUUGUCCUACCCAUAUAAGCCUACUCAUGGCGGAGACCAAAAUUAUAUACCAUAUCGACGAAGAAGAAACCCCUUAUUUAGUGAAACUGACGGUUUCUCCGGAAAAAGUCACGUUGGCGGAUUUUAAAAAUGUCCUCAACAACCGUCCGGUCAACAGUUAUAAAUUCUUUUUCAAAUCCAUGGAUCAGGAUUUCGGAGUUGUCAAAGAAGAAAUCUCUGAUGAUAAUGCCAAGCUGCCCUGCUUCAACGGCAGAGUGGUGUCCUGGUUGGUGUUGGCUGAAGGCACACACUCGGAUGGCGGAUCUCAGUGCACAGAGAGCCACAAAGAGCUGCCACCACCCUUGGAGCGGACUGGAGGGAUUGGCGAUUCCAGACCCCCCUCCUUCCAUGCCAAUGCUGUGAGUAGUCGGGAUGGAUUGGACACCGAGACGGGGACGGAGUCUCUCCAGAGCCAGCGGAGAGAGCGGGAGAGGGAGCGAGCUCACAGGAGGGCACGAGAAAUCCCUCGUAUGAACGGUCCCUUGAAAUCAGAGCGUGUGAAUCGUGACUCAGUUGUUGGCUAUGACAGUGCGUCAGUGAUGAGCAGUGAGCUGGAAUCAAGCUCUUUUGUCGACAGUGAGGAGGAUGAGGAUGCCAGCAGCCACAGACUUAGCAGUUCAACCGAGCAGAGCUCUUCAUCACACCUCAUGCGUAGACACAAACGCCGACGACGGAGGCAGAAAGUUCCCAAAAUGGACAGGUCCUCAUCCUUCAGCAGUAUUACAGACUCCACAAUGAGUCUCAACAUUAUCACUGUCACUCUCAACAUGGAGAAGUACAACUUCCUGGGCAUCAGUAUAGUGGGUCAGAGUAAUGACAGAGGAGAUGGAGGCAUCUAUAUUGGCUCCAUCAUGAAAGGUGGCGCGGUGGCGGCUGACGGCAGGAUUGAGCCUGGAGACAUGCUGUUACAGGUCAAUGACGUAAACUUUGAGAACAUGAGUAAUGAUGAUGCUGUCAGGAUUCUACGGGAGCUCGUCUCCAAACCUGGGCCAAUAAGCCUAACAGUGGCGAAAUGUUGGGACCCAUCUCCUAGAAGCUACUUCACCAUCCCUAGAGCCGAGCCGGUGAGACCCAUCGACCCUGCUGCCUGGAUCUCACACACUACAGCACUUUCUGGGCCAUUCCCCCAUUAUGAGUUUGAUGACCUCCCCCUUUCGGUGUCAAAAACAGACAUGGCAACUAUAGUAAAGGUCAUGCAGCUACCAGAUUCAGGCCUGGAGAUCAGAGACCGAAUGUGGUUGAAGAUCACUAUAGCCAACGCUGUCAUCGGGGCUGAUGUUGUGGACUGGUUGUUCUCACGGGUGGAGGGCUUCAAGGACCGUCGGGAUGCUAGAAAAUAUGCCAGCAGUUUGUUGAAGCACGGCUACCUGAGACACACAGUCAAUAAAAUCACCUUCUCGGAGCAGUGCUACUACACUUUUGGAGACCUGUGCCAAAAUAUGGCUUCUCUCAAUCUCAAUGAGGGUUCUAGUGGUGGAGGCUCUGACCAGGAUGGUCUUGCUCCUCUUCCUCCACCAGGAACCAACCCCUGGCCCCCCGGCGGUCAGCCCUACCCUUACCCGGGUUACCCCACUCCUCCACCAGGCUUCCCUCCUGGAUACUCGGAUCCUUGCCACAGUUUCCACAGUGGUAGUGCAGGCAGCCAACAGAGUGAAGGUAGCAGAAGCAGUGGCUCCAACCCCAGCACUGGGAAAGGACGGAGACCCUCCCCUCGGGAAAAGGACCAUAAGACACCGUGCUGUGGGGGCAGCGAAUCAGAAAUGGGAAUGUGGGUUGGAAGGAGGGGUGAGAGAGCACCCAGUCAGCUGAGUCAUCAAAGCCACAGCCGCUCUGCUGCCAGUCAGGCCCACUCCAGCCACAGCUACGUUCAUUCUGGGUACAGCCACGGCCAGUGUCACAGCAUCUCGCAGCAUAGCCACAACUUCACCUACAGCCAUGCCCCUUUCAUUCAGCCCAGUCAUCUGUCGUGUGCCCACAGUGAGAGAAGUCACGGCUCUUCGUACGGCCCACCGGGUCUGCCCCCUCCGUACUGCCUCGCUCACCUCGCCCGCAAAGCGACAUCAAGCAACAGCCCACCUGGGGCUCCUCCCAUCCGGGAGCUAGCAAACGUCCCCCCAGAACUCACAGCUAGUCGGCAGUCUUUUCAACACGCUAUGGGCAAUCCUUGUGAAUUUUUCAUUGAUAUUAUGUGACAAGAGAGUGCCUUCAACCCCUUUCAGAGCACAAGGCCUAUUUCCCGCAGUUUGCUUAAUGAAUUUUUGCUACUGACCAUCCCUGCAGAGAAUGUACAAACUGACAGCCCCAUUUAAGGCGUUUAAAGGGACAGUUCACCCAAUACUGAAAGUUCUGUCAUUUACUCUCAUUUGUGCACAUGUAGAAUUUCUUUCUUCCGUGGAACAAAAAACUGUCACUGUUGUAAUUGUUAACUAAAACUAUUAACAAUUGUUUUCAGUAAUUGAAAUAAAGCUGAAAUAAAAUAUAAAUGAAAAUGUGAGUUUGCCUAGGCAACUAACAUAAAUAAAUACAUUUAAGUUGAAGUCCUAAAAUUAUUUAAAUGAAAUGAAAAUGGCAAUAUAGAAAUAUAAAAAUUAAUAACUGACAAAUGCACAUACUUAUUAUUGUAAUAAAUAAAUAUAAUGUAAUUAUAUACAUCAUAAAUAUAAAAACGUUCAAAUUAAAAUGAAAACAACAUAUAAAAAUAAAAGCUAGUAAAUUGUUUUUAUAAAUAGUAUAACAGCAUAUACAUAAUAUUAAAAUAACACUUGCUAUUUUUAAUAUAUAUAUUUUUUUAAAUCCUGAACAUAUUUUAUUCAGAAUAUCCUGACAACUCUUUUCUAUGUAAUUGGAGUGACUAGGGACUGGGACUGUCAAGGUACAAAUUGACGAAAAAGCAAAAAACAUAAAAGUAGUAAUAAUCAAACGGAGAUUAUCAUUUAUUAACAGCUUAGCUUUCUGUUAAGAAAAUGUAUAAUAUAUCUUCAGAAGACUUAUAUAUUGAUAUAUUGAUCAAUAUGUCGCAUGGACUACUUUAGUUUUACUUAAAACUUUACUUAAAAAAUUGACAGAUUUUUCAUUUUUAGGAGUUUCUUUCUUCUGUUGAACACAAAGAAAGAUAUUUUCAACAGUUGAUGGGCACCAUUGACUUCCACAGUCGAAAAAAUACUGUGGAAGUUAAUUGUGCCCAUCAACUGUUCUGUUACCAACAUCUAAAUAUAUUUUGUGUUCAACAGAAGAAAGAAACUUUGAGUAAAUGGCAGAAUUUUCAUUCUGGAAGUGAACUACUCCUUUAACGUUGAUUCUAUGUUGUUUCAAUGAUAGAAGGAUACUAAAAAUAAAAGCACAACUGCAGAGUUAAUUUAGACUCUGACACAAACACUACAGUACUGCAGUAGCAGCGCAAGAUAACACAAAACAACACAACUAAUAAGCUUUUAACAAGAAUGUCAGUGCAUUAGACUGUCUGCUUCUUCUACGCAGCUGCUAUAAUCUUUGCACAGCUUACAAGCCAGAAAACUGGCAUGACAGCUCUCGAAACAGUCUGUACUUUUAAAUGUAUCCAUGCUGUGGAUGAUUUAUUUUUUCUUACAGAGUUGCAUUUGACUUUAAAUUCACAGAUUUAUAACCCUGUUGACAAUCAGACAUUAUAACAUCAUAAUGUCCCUAAACAUUGUUGAAUGUAUUGUCUUGUGAGACUACAACUCAAAAUUCCCUCAUUAGCUUGGUAGUGUGUUAAGCUAUUAUUCAAGUAAUGCUUGGAUGUGUUCAUUUUAGAUUCAUGGUUGCCAAAUGUUGCAAAAAUAUCUGUCAUGAACUCUAAAUGUAAAUGAUACAUUUUUAACAACAACAAAAAGGUGCUUUUCAUAGAUUCUGUUAAUUGACUGUUCAGAUGUCACCAGUUGUCUUUGUAUUACCACUGUAUUAUGAACAUCACUGUACAGUUAAUACAGUAGAGUGGUUGUAGGCCCUGUAAGUUAUAACAUAGAUAUUGAAACGGGCAGAUAGGCUAACCAAAGUCCCUUGACAAUUACAUGUCAUGAUUUUAGAUUUUGUAGAAAGGAAAGGAUACGAUAUGUAAUAUGGUAAAAUUUACUGGUAAAGUAGUGAGGUGUUGUCUUUGUUCAUAAUGUCCUGUUCCAUGAACUGACCUUUUUGCCUGAGCCAAAACAGGAAAAGAGUAAGAGUCUGGCAAGCACUUUUUAAAUAUAACUUCUGUGCCCUUUAGAAUGAAACGCUGAUUGCAGUGGAAGCGGUUUGCUUUUUUGUUUCUUCACAAAGAAGAAUAAAAAAUUGUAAAUAUGAUAACAUAAAUAUAUAAAUAUAUAUAUAUGAAACUGAGAAAAAUAAAUUUUUAAGUAUUAAGAAGUGGACAGCUAUUGUUUUGUAGUUUUUUUUUCUUUCUUUUUAUUCAUGAACACCGCUUGUUACAAAAAUGACUGUUUUGGUUUACUGUUUGGAGGUCUCCAGUAUUUCCUAUUUGGAACAGAACAUUGGAGUGUCUGUAAAAGCUUAGGGAAGUGAUGUCAUCUUUGUUUUGUUUGCAUGAUUUGUGCUGCCAAAACACCGGAUCAUUUUCAAUGAACAGAUGUUUCCUGCCUACUCA